CCCCCUCGCCGGCCGGCCCCACGAUCCCUCCUGCCGGUCUGGGGCCGUGAGAUCUCCAAGCACUCCGGGGCAGAAACUCCCGGAUCGGGCGCUGCCAGCUUCCAGCCCCCUCCCUCCCCGGGGGUUCCCGGCUCUCUGGCCUCCGUUCCCCGAUUCCUUCCUGCCUGGUGCUCUCGGACCGCCGAGAAGCUGGAGACCACAGAAUCCAAGCCCCCGGGGCAGGCCCGGGCUUGUUGCCGGCACCACUUCCUGGUGGGAGGGGCGGGUCUCUCUGUCCCCUCAGGCCAGGGGUCUGGAUGCAUUAAGUGUUCCCUCAGCCGCCUCCACCGGAAGAACUUAGGAUACUGGCCUAGGCUCCCUGCCUUUUUCUCCAUCAGGGACUCAGUUGUCCGGGCCCCUAGCCACUAUAUCUACGAGGAACCCAGAAAUGCAGGACCCCCUAGUGUUGUCCUCCCUCAGAGAUCAUGAGCCACCCUGGUUCCCUGGAUCCCCUAGGACCCAAGAGUCCAGGCACCUCUUCCCUCCUUUCUCCUCUAGGGCCCACCAGCUCUGAGCAGAUCAUGAAGACAGGGGCCCUUUUGCUUCAGGGGUGAGUUUGAGGUGUGAUUAUUGCCGAGCGGAUUUGAGGAGUGAUGCCCCAUUCUGAUUCUGCAUCCCCCACACUCCAUUCCCACUCUAGUUUCAUCCAAGAUCGAGCAGGGCGAAUGGGGGGAGAGACACCCGAGCUGGCCCUGGAGCAGGUGCCCCAGGAUGCAUCCACCAAGAAGCUGAGCGAGUGUCUCAAGCGCAUCGGAGAUGAACUGGACAGUAACAUGGAGUUACAGAGGAUGAUCGCAGCCGUGGACACAGACUCCCCUCGUGAGGUCUUUUUCCGAGUGGCAGCUGACAUGUUUUCCGAUGGCAACUUCAACUGGGGCCGGGUUGUUGCCCUCUUCUACUUUGCCAGCAAACUGGUGCUCAAGGCCCUGUGUACCAAGGUGCCCGAGCUGAUCAGGACCAUUAUGGGCUGGACACUGGACUUCCUUCGAGAGCGGCUGCUGGGCUGGAUCCAGGACCAGGGUGGUUGGGACGGCCUGCUCUCCUACUUUGGGACACCCACGUGGCAGACAGUGACCAUCUUUGUGGCUGGAGUGCUCACUGCAUCACUCACCAUCUGGAAAAAGAUGGGCUGAGUCCACCAGCUGCCUUGGACUGUGUCUUUUCUGCAUAAAUUAUGGCAUUUUUCCGGGAGGGGUGGGGAUUGGGGGUCAUGGGCAUUUUUCUUACUUUUGUAAUUAUUGGGGCGGGAGGGCAUGGGGAGGAGUGGUCCAGGGGGGCAAUAAACCUCUUUCAGGCCACACUUCAGAGUCUGAAUCACUGGGAGCCCACUCCCUGGCUGUCACAGGAGACCAGGCUUCAUGUGCUCACAAAUAUUUUUCAAAGGAGCCUGGUGCCCUCUGGGUUACUGAGGAGUUAGGUCUCCACUCUGCCCUCCAGGAGCAUUCAGUCCUGAGGGAACUGAAGAUCACUGUGUGGAAGCCUACAGUGUUGUGUUGGAGGCAGCACUGGGCAAGGCCAAGCCAAGCAGUGGAUCCUGGGGCUUUAGGGAAAGAGAACAGUGCAGCAGGCCCUGGAGAACUAGGGCUUGGAAGUUUCCACCACAUGGGACCAGAGGAAGUUGCACUUACCGAGGUGGAGAAUCGGGGGGAGAGGGGAGGGAUGGGAGGCCUUGGGAGGACUUACUGGACCAGGAGAGAGCUCUAGAGCCCUGUGGAGAAGCUACUGGAGGUCAGAAGGCUGGAAUCAGGGGUUCUGAGAGAGAGGACAAGGCCUGAGCCAGUGCUGUGUGGCCUGAGGGGACAGGGCUGGACACCUGUUGCGUGGGGAGGGGCUGGCCCAGUAACUGGGUGGGACCCUCCAGGAAAGCAGGCCCUAGUGAAGAUGCUGGAAAGCUGCCUUGUAGAUUGGACACAGAAAAGGAAAUAGAGAUUAAGAUCACUUGGUCUUGGGCGCCUGGGUGGCUCAGUUGGUUAAGUGACUGC